GCCGGGGGAGGAGCGGCGCCGGCAGCCGGGCCGGGCCGGGCCGGGCCGGGGCACCGGGAGCGGCGAGCAGGCCGCUUCUGCGCCCAUGUGCCCGCAGCCCCCGCCGUCCAUGGAAGUGAUGGAGGGGCCCCUCAACCUGGCUCACCAGCAGAGCAGAAAAGCAGACCGCUUGUUGGCAGCAGGGAAAUAUGAAGAAGCAAUUUCUUGUCACAAGAAAGCUGCUGCAUACCUUACAGAAGCUAUGAAGCUGACCCAGUCAGAGCAGGCUCAGCUAUCACUGGAAUUACAAAGGGAUAGUCACAUGAAACAGUUACUGCUCAUCCAGGAGAGGUGGAAAAGGGCAAAGAGAGAGGAAAAGCUGAAAGCCCAACAGAAUGUGGACAAAGAACUAGCUGCACAUCUUCAGACUUCUUUUAAGCCACCAUCUGAAGAAUCCGAUGAUCAAAAUGUGUUGAUUCCUGUGACUCAGAAAUACAGCCCUUCCACGGAGAAACGUCUACAGGAUAUUCAGGGUGUCUUUGACAGGGACCCGGAUACGCUGUUAUUUCUGCUUCAGAAAAAAAAUGAGCCAGUGGAAGCAUGUAUUGGGAGUAAAGCUCCAAAAGAUGACAAAACAAUAAUAGAAGAGCAGGCAACCAAAAUUGCAGAUUUGAAGCGGCAUGUAGAAUUUCUGGUAGCUGAGAAUGAGAGAUUAAGGAGGGAGAAUAAGCAGUUAAAAGCAGAAAGAGCUAGACUCCAAAAAUCUCCAGUAGAGAAGGAGUUGGAUGUAGAUGCUGACUUUGUAGAGAAGUCAGAGUUGUGGGGUCUGCAGCAACACUCAGAAACUGCUUCUUCAGCUGCAUCUUGGCAGGAGUUUGCAACAACUGCUGGGAAGGCAAAGGACAUUCCAAUACCCAACCUUCCCCCCCUGGACAUCCCAUCCCCUGAACUCCCUCUGCUGGAACUCUCUGAAGAUAUACUGAAAGGUCUGAUGAAUAGUUAAAAAACAGGAAAAACGUGCACAAUGUAGUUACCUAAACCAAGAAAAGGGAAAACCACCAGGACAAUGAUGGCCUGAGGGCAGAAACAUCUAACACAAUCCUACUGUUGGAGAAAAGGCAUUAAAGCAACUUUGUUACUGUGAAAUACACAUCAUAUCUGAUCUACUUCAUAAAAUCUAAAGGUACCAUAACUGGUAUAAGAUGGUGAGCUCUUUAGUCUUUCUCCCAAUGUUUCAAACCAAAUGACUGCCUGGAGAAUGUUUCGUGUAACACAAUCCUUCAGGGGUUUAAAGUAUACUAUAUGUAAUAGUUACCUAUAUUGCCAUAAAUGAUGGUGCAGAACCUAACUGUUACGGUUGCCAGUUGGCUGCCACUUCAUAUUGAAAAAUGCUUUCUAGCAUGAAUUUAAACUGUGCAUUUCAUUAUGCAUAACUUUGUUAAUUCAGAUACAGUGCAAUUUAUACACCUCCUAGAUGGAUUUAUGUGCCACACUCUGUACUCCUGACCAAGUUAACCUCAAGUCAGGAGAGACUGAAAUUUCCAUUCUAUGAAGGAACCAACUUAUUAGUUCUGUUGACAAGUUUUUGGGGGUUAUCUGUUUACAUAACUAAUCAGGGUGCAUUGAAUCUAGCUAUUGGUUUCUGUAUAAAGUGACAUUGUUAAAAAAAAAAUCUAUACUUAAGGAAAAAUACCCUUUUUGUUUUUGGUGAUGCGUGAAUGGAAGUAAUUCUAGCUGGCAGUAUUUGAUUGAAAAUGAAAUUGUUUACAGCUUAACCUGAUUCAAAAAGGAUAUGAAAAUAAAAACCAAGGUGUUUUGACACCAA